AUGGUCAAAGAAUAUUCCCCCUCCCCCAACGACAGUAAGCGACGCGCCCUUCACGCUCUGGAGCGGUUGCAGGACAAGAGGCGCGUGCCGGAAAGCCCGGUCAUUAGCGAGCGUGCGCGCCAGUGUGCGCAUGCGUGCGGGGCCAGGCCCUGUGGGGACGAGGUUCUGGGGAGGGGCCUGUGGGAAAGGCGGGAAAUGGAACCUGAGGAAGAGGCUGUGAGGUUUCUUGGGAAACAGGCUACCAGACAGCAGUGGUCAGUGUCCACGCCUGUGGUGGUGACAUCAGAAGGAGCAUCUCCAUUGCUCACACCGGACAUGACCAUGUAUCCUGGAGCCUCCCUACAUCAUUUCAUUACACAACCAGUUCCCACACCAAUACCUGGUCCACCACACCCACCUAUCAGGGGACAUUACCCACACCCUAUUUUCAAUCCAUCACUUCCUCCUGGAAACGCUCAGGUGCUGCCUGCUUUCCCUAGAGCACUGUUGGUGACAGGAGAUGGAGGCCCUGUCAACAGUGCACCUGGAGCUGACAAAUUCAUUCUCCAAGUCAGGAAACAAGGAGGACCAGCUGAGACCCCUCAAACUCAGUCUGUUAUCCUUCCUCAGUCACCCCACAUUUCAAGUGCCAAUGGGAUCCUCUGUGGGGGUGUUAAUCAUCCCCCUCCAGGGAACUUGAGACCCUCUGCUCUGCAGCCCAUUAUACCUGCCAUGACUCUCAGGGGCACUAAGCCUGGUAAUGGGGGCUGGUCUCCAGGCUUUCCUCCUCAAGCUCCACCACCAGUCACCCUGCUGGCCACCAAUGUUCAUUCAGGGAAUGCUUUGCCCAGGACACAGGGGGCCUCAGGGGAGGGAGGUGUGGCCUCUGCCCAAUCGACACCUUCACUGGAUGACUCCUGCAACCCCAAGAGCGUUUAUGAGAACUUCCGCUGUUGGCAGCGCUUCAAGUCCCUAGCCCAGAGGUACUUUCACUUGAGUCCUGAUGCUGAAGCUCUCUCCUGCUUUCUCAUCCCAGUGCUUCGAUCUCUGGCCCGGCGCAAGCCCACCAUGAGCCUGGAGGAGGGACUUCACAGAGCUGUGCAGGAAUGGCAGCGGACAAGCAAUUUUGACCAGAUGAUCUACUAUGAGAUGGCAAGAAAAUUCAAGGAGUUUGAGACUGAGGAAGAGGGACAAAUUGAGAUCUUACAGAAGAUGACUGGUCCUCAGGGCCCAUUAAGAACAGCCCCUCCAAAGCUUCAUCCCUUGGUGCAAAAAGGCAACGUGGAAGGCCAGCAGCCAGUGUCCAUUCCAAAGAAAGCAGGACCCAAAGCACAGUUUCCGAGACAGCGGCAAAAGAGACACCAGGAGACACAGAAAAUGAAGGCACCCAAGGAGAUCCCAGCUGAAGCUGUUAAAGAAUACAUUAACAUCAUGGAUGGGCUGGUAGGGACUUUGGACUCAGCCCCUGAGACAGAUGGCAAAUGGGACACAGAAGAACAUGAGCAGCAGCAAGAAGAGGAUGGGACUUAUGCCGACCCAGAUCUCCUCGCAUACAUUGACAAGCUAUGUGCUGAGGAAGAUUUUGUUACCAAGGUGGAGGCAGUCAUUAACCCCAAGUUCCUACAAGAAUUGCUUUCCCCAGGAGAAGAUAUAGAUUUUCUUGCCCUAAUAGAGGAGCUGCAAAAAGAGGAAGGACUUACUCCCACUCAGCUUGCUGAGAAACGCCUCCCGGCCUUCAGAGAUGGAGAGGGUGCAGAAGCAUCCCCAACUCCUGCCAUACCAAAAUUGGACACAGUUCCUCCCACAACACACUUUACCAAUGGUCCAGAGAUCAGAAAUGACCAUAACCACCGUCGUGAGAAUAAAAUCAGUAUUGAAGGCACACCUCAGAAUGGCAGAGCAGAUAACAGCAUGGCCCUCCCUGAAAAUCUUGUUGUCUCUCAGAGGAGUGAAAAGUCCUCCAAUAUUCUAACUAAACGAGUCACCUAUCCUAAGCAACAACAAAGAGGCAGUGGCCCUACAAUGGGAAGCAGGUAUGAGGACAUUCUGCAAGAAUCAUCGGCAGGAAGCACACCAUCCUGGCCAGAAGCCAGUUGCAGUAGAGAAAAGGAUGAGGAGCUCCAAAGCCUUGCCUUCCUCUUGGCUCCACGAUGUUGCAUAUUUCCAUGGGAUCUUUCCAUGUGCUGCUUCUCUCCUGGUGCAGUUCAGUCCUCAAAGCCUCAAAAAAGAAGAUGUGAGCCUUCCCUGUCUCAUGGAAAGAAGCAGCGCUGUAUUUAA